UCUAAGUGGGAACAGAGCAUUUACUGUUUCAUAUUACACAGAAAAGAAGAGAAAGAGGAGACGAGUUAAUGGUGGGUGAGGGCUCUGGUGGGUUGUCCAGUCAGACUCUGUUUUGAAUGUAGCUGCUUGUGCAAGUGCUCUGCAGUUGUCUGGGUUUAUGGAUUCGCUGACUGUGGACAAUGUACUUCUCUAUAGCGGUCCUUGUCCUGACUAAGGCUCUGGUUACAGAGGUCUGUCAUGGCCUUAAUGUGACGGUGACCCCCGGGCCUGUUGUGAUGGUAACAGAGAAAGACAACGUGACCCUGUCCUGCAUGGUGUCUCAGAGGAAGAGGAGCGGCAGCGUCCUCAUCCUCCGCUGGUUCUUUUCUCCUCCUGCUGCUCCCACUCUCGCACCUCCUCCCUCCUCUCCGUCCCCUUCUCCUCCAGCACUCGAGGCCUCUCAGUUUCUGAUUGUGAAGCUGGGCAUAAAGAAAAUAAAGCUUUAUGGGAACUACACCCGCCGUUUCACCCAACUAAAGUACCGUCUGUUUGAGGAAACGGAGGGAGAGGUGUACCGGUUGCAGGUUCUCAAUGUGACCCGGACGGACCAGGGUUUCUACUCCUGCAGGGUUCAGGAGAUUCGCAAGCACAGAAACACAUGGAGGGCAUCGUCUAAUGGCACCAGCACCACACAGCUAACAGUGCACUUCACUCUAGAGACUGGUAGCAGUGACGGACUGUGGCGUUUAUUUGCAGAUGUGUACCUGUGUGCCGUGCUGAUCUGCUCACUGGGCCUGCUGUCCAUCUUCCUGUUCACCCUGGUUCUCGCCUGCCAGUACUUACACAGAAGACACAGGCUCAAAACGAGUUACCUUCUGGUCAAAUGUCCAGAAAGCAGCUCAGGAGAGACUGUUACCAGCUCCAGCAGUUCCUCCAGUUCCUCCCCAAGAGCCCAAAGGAGAGACACAAGACCGAAACCUGGCAGAAGAGUCACAGUACCACCCCCUAAACUACCUGCAGUGCCCCCACCUUAUAUACAAGCCAAAGUGCCUGUUGCUGCAAAGCGACCCCAGAAGCCCAGAAGGUCAAAGCAUCAUCUCAGGAGUUGUGCAAAUCCUCGAGUAUCACACGACGACAGCCUGACGUAUGCAGAGCUGGAGCUGGUCAGACCGAGGCCGGAGCCCCCCUCCUCCUCCAGCCCUGACCCCACUGCUUCCAGCACGGACACUGUGUACGCUCAGAUCCUCUUCCAGGAGAAACAGCUGUAAACACAGCUGUACAUGUGCACGUCUCGGUACCUCCCGGUGAGGGCAACUUGCCUGAGUGGCUACCAGAGUACUAUAUUUAUGAACUAUCAGUAUGGCAUUUAGCAUUUGUUUUUUGGCUGUAAUUACGCUACAACUGUUGGUAAAUGAGGGUUUUGUGUUUCCUCGGCACAGUUCCAUUCCAGCACAGCAGUUUUUUGGGUCAUAUAAUUCUGUUGUUCUGUUUGUUGGCAUCGCUGGCCUGCGAGCCAGAUGUUUAUAAGAAGCUAUGUUAUUGUUAACUAUUCUGUAUAAACUCAGGAGACUGUGUGGAAAGAAACUCUCUUACUGCAGUAUCAUAAGGCACUGUAACACUUUUUAAAUGCAUUUAUAAUUACAGUACUUAUUAAUAAAUAUAUGCCUAGGUCAAUUUAUUCAUAUAAA